UGGCUGUGGUUAAUUUAAAAAAUUAAAGUUUAAAUUUUACAAUGACACCGAUAGUAAAAAGUUAUCGAAAUCAAAUACCAUACAGAGAACGUUCUCUGGCUUAAAUGCCAAAAUCGGCAUGUGGAAUUGACAUAUUUGGUAAAUUUACAUUUCGAACAAAACUUCAGUAAAGCACAUUUUUAAAAUAUUAAUAAUGAGUUAAUUCAACGUUGAAUAAUUACUGAUAACUAUAUUAUUUCUAAGUCUGUAAUUACUCCGGUUCAUUCAAGUGAGUGCCAGACCAAGAAUACUGCAGUGCAUAUAAAGAACAUCUAACGUAAACAAUUAUGCCUGUUAAGUGCAAGGCAGAUUGUGGGCGAAAUGCCGUACUCAAGCGCCCUAAAACAUCUGACGCUCUAUGCAAAGAUUGUUUCUUUGCUGCAUUUGAAGCAGAAGUACACUAUACCAUUAUUAGUAAUGAUCUAUUUAAAAAGGGAGAAAAAGUAGCAGUAGCAGCGAGUGGCGGAAAAGACUCGACAGUUUUAGCAUAUAUAUUAAAAUUACUCAACGAUCGGCACGAUUAUGGACUCGACUUAGUUUUAUUAUCCAUUGACGAAGGUAUAACUGGAUAUCGGGAUGACAGUCUGGAAACAGUUAAGCAAAACCGAGAUGAUUAUCAAAUUCCACUAAAAAUACUAUCAUACGAUGAACUGUAUGGCUGGACUAUGGAUCGUAUAGUUGAACAAAUUGGUCGGAAGAAUAAUUGCACAUUUUGUGGCGUAUUUCGGCGUCAAGCAUUGGAUAGAGGAGCAAAAUUACUUCAAGUUGAUAGCAUAGCAACAGGGCACAAUGCUGAUGAUAUAGCUGAAACCGUUUUAAUGAAUAUUUUGCGUGGAGACACUGCUCGCUUGGGGCGUUGCACAGCCAUACGAACUGGUAGUGGGGAAGACACAAUAGCGCGCGUCAAACCACUUAAGUAUACAUAUGAAAAAGAGAUUGUUAUGUACGCUCAUUACAAAAAGCUGGUGUAUUUUUCAACCGAGUGUGUAUUUGCACCAAACGCAUACCGUGGUCAUGCGCGCGCCUUUUUGAAAGACUUGGAAAGAGUCCGACCGUCAGUUAUCAUGGAUAUCAUACAUUCUGGUGAACAACUGAAAUUCAAGGAAACAGUGAAGAAGCCCGAGCGAGGUACAUGCGGACGUUGUGGAUUCGUUUCAUCACAACAACCCUGCAAGGCGUGCAUUUUAUUAGAAGGCUUGAACAGAGGUCUACCAAAAUUGGGUAUUGGAAAGAAGUCCAAAGGCGACCGCAUGAGAGCGAAACAAGAUCAAGAACUCGCUUUGAGGGAACGUGCAAACUUAGUAAAGAAUGAUUUCUAACUUCAAAUAAAAGUAUAUGUUUUAAAUUUUAAUA